GAGAAGGCUUCUCGAUCCAAGGAUAUACAGCCAAGAACAGACGCCGAGAAGCUGUUUUCCUUCUUUUCUCCCCCAACUCCUACUGGAGUUGAACAGCUCUCAUUUCUGGCAUGCGUCUCAUCUCUCAGGAUACUAUGUCACAGUAUUCUACUAACUUUCUCUUGCUCCCCAUACCAGAGUAUCCUGUACUAGACUGCGUGCCCAACAAAAUCAUCAAGCUCGUGGUACUGGGUGGCAGUAGCGUUGGCAAGACAGCCCUGGUUGUGCGCUUUCUCACGAAGAGAUUUAUUGGAGACUAUGAAGCCAAUACUGGUGCUUUGUAUUCAAGAAAGUUCACCAUAGAUGGGGAACAGAUCUCUCUACAGGUGCAGGAUACUCCCUUUGUUUCAUUGGAGGAUGACACUGACAGCAUAUGCUGCCAAGAGCAGAUAAACCGUUCAAUCUACUGGGCAGAUGGCUUCGUUUUUGUUUACUCCAUCACAGACUAUGAGAGCUACCGAGUCAUCCGUCCCCUGCACCAGCACAUCCGUAAGAUUCACCCGAAUGCUAACAUUCCCCUGCUUCUGAUGGCGAACAAAGGAGACCUCCUGCGAGCCAGGCAGGUGUCCUCCAAAGAAGGACUCCAGCUGGCCAGUGAACUGGGAGGUACUUACUAUGAAGUCUCAGCCCGGGAGAACUGUGAGGGAGUGCAUGAAGCCUUCCAGCAGCUUUGCCAGGAGGUCAGCAGGAUGAUUGGGAGCUGCAACGGAGAGAAACGAAGAGGCCUCCACCUCGUCCGACCCAAGUCUCCAAAUAUGCAGGACUUAAAGAGACGCUUGAAACAGGCUCUGACUUCCAAAGGGAAAUCUGCCACUACACUUUGAUGUAGCUGACAGAAAUUUUUUUCCACGGCCCUGAAAAAAAGGCAAGAAAAUAAGCUGGUAAUAAGGGGCAUCGCUGAAAUUCAGCAAUCAGGUUGUGUGAGAGGCUCUUUCAUUUUGUCUUUACAUCUUCCUUAAAAAUCCCAUGCUCAUUCAGCAACGGAACUUACAGAAUUUGCUCUUUGGGGCAAGAAUUUAGAAACUGUGAUUUAAAAAAUAGAUUUUCCCAAAUUAUUUCCUUUUUGAAAGGGACACAGUCAAAUAGUUUAGGCUUAAAAUGUGUAUUUUAUUAAUAAAAAUAAUUAAAUCAUACUUUUAAGAGAAGUGACUUCUCUUGGGAAUGAUUGUAUUCCCAAACAUAGGCAAUAAGCUACAGCAAGACACGAGGAGAGUGAUGUGAGCUAUACUGAGCAAGCAAAAUUUACCAGAUUUGCUUAGUCACAAGACUGGAAAAUAAAGGCAAAAAGUAAAUGAAGAGCAUAAAUAGUGAAAAGUAGUAACUGAAAGCUUUUAAAUUGCAGUUUAGAAAGUGUUCCUAGCAACUUGGGGAGAGAUUUGUUCAUAUGCAAGCUUUAGCCUUACAGUGUCUUUUUAAAGGGAGAUUUUUAAAAAAUCACUAUUUUUUCAGAUUAUUUUUCUUUAAACGCAUAUUGACUGUUUCUGAAAGUGAUUAUAUGGGCAAAAUACAUACUUGUAGCAGCAUUUUGUAGUCAGUUUCUCAAUGGCAUACUUCUCAUUUUUCUGCAGGUUUCCUACAUGGCAAUGAGAGAGGGACAAAUAGAGCAGUGUGGUUUAAAACUUGCAAAAAAAUGGACUGUUUUAAUCAAGAGCAAGGAGGUGACCUAAAACUAUUUAACUUUUUUUUUCCCAAACUAUUUAGAUUUCAAGUUCAAGAUGCUGUUUUAAAGAAACAAGGCCUUCACAUUAAGUAUAUUUAAUUCAUUAGAUCUUUUUUUUAAAGAAGAAAAGGUUUUAUGAUGCCUGAAAUUUCUGGCUUUGGGAAUUCAUCAUUCUGUUAUUUGCCUUAAGACCAGACUUUACUCAAUACCUCACAAUGCAUCCAAAUCACCAGUCUAUCAAUACAUAUUUCACUGGCAGCAUCUCACUGCAUUGUGUCUCAGCAUGUACAAAGGGAUUUGAAGCUGUAUCCUGUGAGCUGGCCUGUUUUAUGGUAGCGUUAACAACAACAUGAAGCAUCCAUCAUUCUGUUCUCAACGAGAGUGGAAAGAAACUGGGUUGGACCAUGUAAAAGUCAUGAUGCAACAAUCUUUUCUUUAAACAAACCACAUGAGCAAUUCACAGGACCAUGAAAUGAAGUAAAGCUCAAUGAUUUACACUCAGGAACACAGAAGGGAAAACCCUAGUUUGAUGGAUAUAGAAAAAUACUCCCAGCUGCAGUUUCAGCUGGCAAUACUGAGCUAAAUCAACCUUUUACUCAUUAUGAGCAGCAAAAAUGUAAAUUGAGGCUGAUGAGUAUUUAUAUAGCUCAGGGCUUGAAAAUGCAUUUUAUACUUUUCUUGUCCCUGUAUUAGACAACUCUAGUCAUGAUUUUCCUUAUCACCUGGAUUUGCUCUACCUACAGCUCACUUUCUGCUUUAUUUAUUGUUUUCCACAGCUGGUCAUAUGAGAAUGUCUUGUGUUCUGAUUAAUUUAAAAUUCUUUUAUUCACACAAAAGAACUGCACCUUUUUUUAAAACUAGUUUCAAGUGAUAGUAGGAGGGGAAAAGGAAAGUUAGAUCAUCCAAACAGGGACUCAAACAACAUCAGAGGAUUUCUACUUUAGUUUAUGGUUAAUUAACAAUUUGAUGUUUGAGCAGUGUCAUUAUUCAUUGCAGGCACUUUGGUAUGGCAUUUAUUAGCACAAAAUUUCAAUAUUUUAAAUUACUAAUAGCAUAGCUCAAAUAUCGAAUCUAAAGAUUCAAUAAUAUGAAAUAGAGCAACCAGUUUGCGAGACACACAAACUGAAAAUUGUUUACAUUGGAAAAAUGAUCACCAAUUUGGAAUAGCAAUUAAAUAUUUUACCAUCCCAGUACUGUAUAACAAGGGCUAAAUUUGCUGAAGACAAUUUGCUGACAACAUUUGUUUUCAUAAGAGCCUAAAAGAAUUAGGUGCUCUAGCUUGUUAAAUUUGUUUGUAACUUACUCUUUGAGCUCUAAUCCUUUCUUAUUUGGGAAGAAAGUUCAACAAAUGUCAAAUCUGUCAAUGUUUUAUUUUCAAUAGUAAUUAAUAAAAACAUGCAAGGU